AUGCCGACUUCGAGCCCCGGUAGGCCUGCUCAGUCGGCCGAUGUCCUCGAUCACCGGCAGGCGAGCCGAUUGAUUCGGUACCUGGAACAGUCGGCCGAAGGCACCACCGCCAGCCCCAUUACACGCCUCUCCAUACUCAACCAGCCGACCCUUGACGUGAGCCAGUUGUUUGAGAUUUGUCGCCUGGCAGGAAGCGUCCGCGGCCUGCGUGAGCUCCAGAUAUCAGGAUGUGACCUCCAGGAUGACGAUGUGCGCCAUCUGGCCCCGGCCUUCGGCCGGCACCCCUGUUUGGAGUGGAUAUCCCUCGCAAACAACAGCCACUUGACGGACGCCAGCGGCCAUGCUCUUAUUUCCAAAGACGCCCUUUCCAUGAGCGACAGCAUCGAGCAUGUGGCCGUCGAGGGAACUGGCAUCCGAGGGCGUUUGGUUUCCAUCCUGGGCUCAUCCAUCUGGCGAAGCUUCUGCGGCUUCUCACAGGGCGACACGUCGAUACACCCCGGCAGCCCGGAGCCAUCUCCAUCGCGCCCGGGCGCGCCCCCGGCGCCGGUCAUGUGCGGCGAGGCGCUCCUUCUCUCGGCUUACAUCUUCGCCACCAUGGAAGAGUGUACCAUCACCGAGUCCGUGUUCUCGACGGUUGAUCGUGCCCUGCGGGGCUUCCGUGGUUCUACGCUCUACCUUCGCACCCGGCUGACGCACUUCUCAUCGGAGGAGCUUUUUCUGCGUUUUCUUAGCUCCUUGCGAUGGGUCACUCUUCAUGGUGGGCCGGAGGGACGUGGCGCCCGCAUUGUCCUAUACCAUGGAGUUGUGCAUGAAAAUAGCCUCGACGCCCUGGAUGACAGCCUCCUCCGUGGCCUCAACCGCCUGGUCAUUUAUCCCUUCACUGUUAGCAUCACCGAGCUACAGCGCUUCUCCAAACGGUCCGCCGCCAUCCCUUCCCUGCCGAUUCAACUGGCCGGCGUAUGCGGGGGACCGCCGACCGUCCAUGAGCAUGCCCUUCUUCAGCUGUUUCCCGGACCACAUACACCCCUGAGUGAUAAGCCCGGGCCUCCGGGCUGCAGGCUGACGCCACUCGAUUCGCCGGAUCUCCUCGUAGGCAGGCUGGCGGGUGCGGCUGAUGCCGUCAAAGGCGAAGGCACUCCGACCCGUAUGGGCCCCUCUUCUGGCCUAGCAGCAGGUCGGCUGAGCCAGGGCUCGGGCGACAUCCGCCUGGCCUCGAGCAUUGCGGAGCCCAUGUCUCCGGAGGUGUUCCUGGAAUAUGCUCACCGAGCUCCCGCCUUGCCUCCUGCCACACCCAGUGCCAUCGGCGAGCACAUCCGCCGGAUGGUGGAGCAAAUCCAAUCGUGCAACACCGCGAGGAAGCAUUUGGUCUUGCGAUGCGAAUUGCUGGCCCAGCGGCGGCACGAGUGUCUGUCCAGCGAAUUGGACCGGGUGCUGGCGGGUGACGCUCAUGCCCGGGCGGCUUUCCAGGCCUCCGCCAUUGAGUAUACCCGUGCGAUGGUGGAGGCCCAGCAGGCGGAGACGGCCAUCUUGGCGGUCGUUCGCGAGCUUUUCUCCUGGCUCUGGUCGGAUGAGCGGCUUUCCGCCGGGCGCGAGGGCUUACGGGCUUUCCUCCGCGCCGGGUGUGAAAGCUUGGCAGGCAGCCUCGAUCCCAGUACAUCGGCCGCCAGUGAAGGGCACCUCCCCUCGUCGUCGUCGUCGUCGUCGUCGUCGUCGGCCAUGGGGGGGUCCGCGCUGUCGGAGGUGAGUUUCCUCUGGUUGAUUGACCGGGGGUUCAAGGGCAAGACUGCCCAACAGAUACUCGGCCGCGGGCCGAUGAGCCUGGCCCGGGCCCUUUGGCAAUGGGAUACCAUCGAAGUUGCUCGGGAAUUGGGCCUCCCCCAUGCGGAGGCGGCCCACUUGCAGGUGCUCCUUGCGCGGGAGGUGUGUGGCCUGGCGGGCCCCGGUCGCGCGAGCAUCUACUUCUGGGACCACUCGCGUUUGUAUGACGAGUGGCUUUGUCCAGAUCUGUCCUCGGACAUUGGACGGCGCCACGAGGAGGCGCCUGCGCCCGGCCGGCGGCCAGGCCCUUCCUCCGGGCUGCGAAGUCAGGCCAUCGGCAAGCGCCUCCUCCAGGCCCUUCACCCAAGUGUCCUCCCAAGGGCACGGCAUUUCAGCGGACUCCUCUUUGCGGGCUUGUCAAUGCGCUUUUGCCAGGAGGCCCUGGAUCUGGGCCCGGUGGAGGCCGUUACCCUGGUCCAUAGUGCCAUGCGCUUUGUCCGGGCCCACACCUCCGGCGGCCGGGCGGGAAACCCCAGCCCGCCGGCUUCGCCGCGCAAGCGCUUCCGCCCGGUGCUAGAGGUGGCCCUGCCGGAGGAUGGUCCCGACACCGGGGAGCAGGUGGUGACGGUUUCCUCGCCGCGCCCUGCGCGACGGGAGGCCUCGCCCCGGCCGGCGGAGGAGGAUGGCUUCUUCCCCCCGGCGGCCCGGAGGCCCCCCCCGGCGAUGGAGGGCGCCGGCCAAAGGGCGCCGGAGGCCGAGGCGGCGGAGGAGGAGGGCUUUCGCAUCAGCAUUCAGUUGGGCACCGGGCUGGCAGGAGGCAGUAGCACCAGCCUGGUGGAGGAUUGCAUCCAAGUGUCGGAUUCCGGCACGGUGCAGGCCAGCCUCCUGAAGGUUGGCCCGGAUUUGGCUGGCUCUGUGGCGGCGACCGAGGACCCGACCGAGGGGGUGGUGCCGGUCAGCGCGGUGGAGCUCGCCGCCGAUGAGAGCACGGCCUUCCUGGGCCCGAGCAGCACCGGCAUCGGGGAAGCCGGCCAGUCGGGAUCUCCUAUUCCCAUGGCAGCCGUGCCAUCGCCCGAGGACGGGGGGAGCCCCAGCCGUGUGGCCGAUCCGCUGGCGUCGUCAUCAGCCCGGGGCAUGGCCCGGCCCUCCUCCCCAGGCACCCUGAUCCCGGAGCCGGAAUGGCUGGCGGGCGGGUGCUUCGCCACCGACCGGCCUGUGGCCGUGUCCUUCGGGCGCUACUUAAUCUAA